AUGAGCUCCAAACAGACCGCCCUCGCAGAGACGAAGCAAUUUCGCUCGACUUCCUGGAACGUCUGGCUAUUUCUUGCUGUCCUGACUCCCUUUACGAUCAUUCUUCUGUUCUGGCACGACAAUCUCCACCCAGUAUUAUCAUACUGGCCUGAAUGGAAUGCCCCAACUGAGAAGCCUCACGCUUUGGUUCGUAGCUAUUAUCUGGAAACAGGUGUAAGAUGGAUGAAUCCAGAUGGUGGUCGGUGGAGAGUCAUGUUCACUUGCAAUGGCCAAACACCAUGUCCAAUUAUUUAUGCUGAUGAAGGUGAUAUUGUCAAGUUGUCCGUCAAAAGCGAUAUUUACGCGCAGUCCUCAAUCCACUUCUCAACUCUCGGUAGGACUGUUGGUUCCUGGAACGAUGGAACAGCGGGACUAUCUCAGUUUCCAACUCUUCCAAGGAGUAAUUGGACCAACGCAUACGACACAUCAGGAUCAUGGGGGCUGAACUGGUUCAUCGAUCAUACCGCGACAGCUUCGGCCGACGGACUUGCUGGAGCUCUUUACGUAGCGCCUUCACCAGACCGCCCUCGACCAUAUCACCUCAUCACAAACGAUACUCUUGAGCUGCGCCAAAUCAGCCAGGCGGAACGUGAGAUCCAACACCUCAUCAUUCAGAGCCAUCAACAUCGCGACACAGUUUGGAAGCUACUUCGAAUGAGAGCCGAAGGUUCAGAGUACUACUGCUAUGAUUCCAUUCUGGUGAACGGAAAGGGGCGUGUGCAUUGCCGUCAGCCAGAUUAUGAUCAUAUCAAGGGGCAGAAACUUGAUCAAAAGGGCUGCAUUCAGCCCCCAGGUCUGCCAGACGAGACCUGUAAGCAAAGCUUGGCAGACUACGAGGUUAUCGAAACCCAAGGUCGGAGGUACAUGAUGCUGAAUCUGAUGAACAUCGGUUUUGAGCAUUCCGUCAAAGUGUCUAUUGACCAUCACAAGAUGAUUGUCGUGGCUAACAAUGCCGGCUUUAUCGUGCCUGAAGAGGCAGAUGUUUUGCAUAUUCCAAGUGCAAGCCGAGUGACGAUUCUGGUCCGUCUCGAUGCUGAGCCACGUGACUAUGCUAUUCGGAUUUCUUCAACCAGUGUGCUGCAGAACCUCCAUGGCUAUGCUGUUCUCAGAUAUCCUGCGAAGCGUUUGCCCCGAUAUGGCGAGCCCAUGGCGCUCCCUUCAGUAGCGCCAGGUCUAGUCUGCGUUCUUCCCGACGGCGGCACGCAACCCAACUGCAGCACAGCAGAAGGUCAACUACUCCCACCUUAUCCCCCGCAACCACCACCAUCAGCGGGCAAACAACAUCUAGGCAAAGCAGACUUCACGUUCAGACUAUCAGCAGGGUCUCAGCGAUCAAAGACAGAAAAGUAUGUCCCAGAAUACUUCCUCAAUGAGAAGCCAUGGCAGCUGUACCACGGCUCGAUGCUCCCUCUCUUGUUCCAUGCACCCAACGAAACACUCGUCAAGCCUAUCAUCGGCAAUCUUCCUCUGGGUUCUGUCGUCGACCUCAUCAUUGAGAAUCAGAUCAAUGAGACGAUUCCACUCUACAAGCACGGGGAUCCGUCGUGGUUCCUGGGUUCGCGUGGGCAGCAGAGGUUCCCGGGAAAUACAGUUCAAGAUGCAAUUGACAGUGACAGCAAGUCGCUGAACUUGCAAGAUCCGGCGUUGGUCAUUGUGCAUGACCUACCAGCGCUUGGCUGGAGUGUCUUGAGAUUCAAGGUGACGUCGCAGCAAGCGACAAUAAUUCAUGCUGCCAAGCUGAGAUAUUUUGCUUUGGGCAUGAGUGCGCCGAUCUUGGAGGGAAUUACAGAGGAUACUCCAAUUAAAGUUCCAGAGUCGGUGGUGAAUCGGCCUCAUGUUGAGUUCAAACCAGCUCAUGACGGAAUCUUCGGGUGA